AUGCAGUAUUAUACCGUGUUAGAUCUUGCAAAUGGGUUUUAUAGUGUACAAGUCACUCCUGAAACUCAGUAUCGUACUGCAUUUGCUUUUCAGUCUAAACAGUAUUGCUGGACAGUUCUUCCUCAAGGUUACUGUGAUAGCCCUGCAAUUUUUCACAGCAUGUUAGCUCAAGCUCUAAAGUCUCAUAAUUUGCAUAACAAAAUUGUUCAGUAUGUUGAUGACUUGUUAAUAGCUAAUGAUUCCAGAGAGAGUAACAUUAAACUGUUAAAAAAGGUUUUGGAAUGCCUUAAAAAGCAUGGCUUAAAACUUAACCCUGACAAGUGUCAGUUGGUCCAACAGAAGGUUAAUUACCUCGGAUUGGAACUUGGUCCAACAGGCAGAAGUAUUCUUGAGGAUAGGGUUAAACAUAUUCUUUCCCUACCAAGACCUGUAGAUGUGAAAUCUUUACAGCAGUUUCUUGGGCUUACAGGAUUUUGCAGAGAAUUUGUUGCUAAUUAUGCUUUGCUUGCAGAACCAUUACAUGACCUACUGAAACAAAACAAAUUUGAAUGGAAUGAUUCUCAUACACAGACAUUUUCCUCCCUCAAAUCUGCAUUAGCUAGUGCACCCAUUUUGGGCACUCCAGCAUCAGACAAACCAUUUUAUUUAUACUCUAGUGUGUCUGAUACAACACUUGGUGCAGUAGUGGCCCAAUACCAUGGUGAUAUACUAGCCCCUAUUGCAUACUUAAGUCGCAAAAUGACAUCACCUGAAUUGAAAUUUGGUCCUUGUGAAAAAAUUGCCCUAGUUACAUACUGGACCAUACAAAGACUGAGAUAUCUUCUCAGCGGUCAGCACAUUGUGAUUCGUUCACAUCAUAAUCCCCUGCUUUUGCUGAAAAAACAUAAUUUGGCUUUAAGUGACAUUCGUAAUGAACGUGUGGUGAGGUGGAUGACUACGCUGCUCACUGAACACAUUACAGUGGAACCGUUAAAGGAACUCUCUGUACAUGUGUUGGGUGUUCUUAUUCAAGGUCAGGAUCAUGUAUGUCAUCCUAUGAUUGCUCCUAAAGCACAUUCUGUUUUCAAAGAGGGCAGCACUGCUGAUGUGGGAAAUAACCCUGUUUGGUACAUUGAUGCUAGUUCAUCAGUCAUCGAUGGUAAGCGCAUGACAGGUUUUGCAGGUGUACUUCUUGAAGGUAGAACGAUUCUUGAUUUGUUUCAGUAUGCUUGUAAAAAUGCAGGAGCACAGUUUGCUGAAUUAGCUGCACUACUAACUUUGAUCCGAGACAAAAUUGGGAAAGGUGGUACACACUUUGUAGUCACUGACUCUAUGUAUGUUUUCAGAGGAGCUUUGAUUCUUCUUACGUUUUGGGUCAACAAUAAAUGGCAGUCCACUGAUGGCAGUAUAGUACAGCACAAAGGCUUAUGGGAACGCAUACAGGAUUUGUCAAAAGAUCAUGUAGGCUUUAUCAAACUCGUCAAGGUAAAAGCACACAGAUCUAAGGGACCUUUGCCAUACGGUAAUAGUCUUGCUGAUAAAUUUGCAAAAGAGGCUGCAUGUCUUCCUGAUAUUCCACUAUGGGAAGAGGAAGAUGUAUUGUAUCAUACACCACUUGCACCAGUGCAGUUGUAUGCCCCUGACGAUGAUGGCACACAAUGGUCUGUACUUCGAGAACAUCAGGAGUACGAUUUGGUACUCGCUCCUCUUUUUGAUGACCUGGCACCUAAGUUAGGUAAAGAAACACUGAAAAUUCUGCAUGACAUUUUAGUCAAAGACACUGAACAUGGUCCUGUCUGGGUUAUUCCCUCUCAUUUGGUAAAAUGUUUGCUGGCUUGGGUACAUGGUUCCAUUGCAGGGGGACAUCCCAAAUUACAAGAAUGUAUGGAUAGGAUGUCUAAACUGGGAUGGUGGCCUACUAUGAGAAGAGAUAUUCAAGAUCACAUUGAUAGAUGUAUUGUUUGUGCACACCAAGAUCCAGCAAGACAACUAACACGUGGAGCACUAAUGCGACAUGCUCCAACUGGACCUUGGGACAGAAUACAGGUUGACUAUGUAGGUACACUGCCAUUGACAGCCCGUAAAAAUCGCUACAUAUUGGUAGUCGUUGACUCUUUUAGUCGAUGGAUUGAAGCUUUUGCUACCCCUAACAAAACAGCUGGCACAACUGCCAAAAUCCUAGUGCAAAAUGUUUUCUGUCACUUUGGGAUUCCAAAACAAAUGGAUUCAGAUAAUGGUGGUGAAUUUGUCAAUACCAUCCUGAAAGAGAUCACAAGUUGGUUAGAUCUCCCUUGGGAUUUCCAUAUUGCUUAUCACCCUCAAAGCAGAGGCAUGGUUGAAAGGAUGAAUGGCCAGAUAAAAAAGGAACUAAGCAAAAUCUGUAAUGCCAAUGGUAAAAAUUGGGAUAUUUUACUGCCUUUUGUCCUUGCUCGGAUGAGAUCUAGAGUUAACAGGCAUAUUCAGAUGUCUCCUUAUGAAGUACUUUUUGGUCGCAGUAUGCCUUCAUGGGAACGCCUUUUGCUUCCUAUGGAUAUAUCUACCUCUGUAGCAUUAUGCAAUGAAGAAUGGGCCAAAGAACAUUCUCUAUGGCUCACCACUGUACAAGGACAGGCGCUGCACACAGAUGCGGUGUCCGCCUUAAAAAGUAAAAGUGAUUUUGAUAAAAAAUCUGACCUCACUGAAUACCAAGUGGGAGAUUCUGUGUGCAUGCUUAAACAAGGACAGAAAAACCCUAGGAAAUUUCCUAAAGAUUGCUGGGAAGGUCCAUAUCUUAUUGUGGACAAAGUGGGACCCUCAGUUUAUCUUAUUCAAAAAUCAGAUGGUUUAAAUGUCUACAAGCAUGCAAUGCAUCUUAAAUUGUUUAAGGGCUCUUAA